GAGAGCUCUCCCUGCCUGACUACUACCACUCGUAACAGUGCACAAGGACUGAAUGGGGACGGUACAAGACAGAUAGAUACUUCACUGCUUUUUUUUUCUGCUGCUUGCUUUAGGACAGACAAAAUGAUUGCUUCCUCCCAUUCCUGGUUAACAAGCUGGAAUAAUUAACUGCUGUGUUCACAGACGCAGGAUGCAUGAAGUUUCUUCAUUUUAACCUGGUCAGAAUUCGGCAGAAAGAAUAUUCACAGAAAAUUCAUCAACCACAAAGGAAAAAGAUCUGUUGCAGCAUUUUGUUUCAUAUUUCCAGUGAACUAUCACUAGGUGGGAGGAAUCAAGAGUUGACAUAAUUUGACCCAUUCCCCCAUCCCACCCUUAUUCCUCAAUGAUCAGGAAUACAGUUUUGACUUAAAGGAACUGGAAGUUUUCAAAAAAGAGCAAAGGGGCUAAAACAAAAAAGAAAAUAUUUUGGCACACCAGCCCUCCAAAGAACGUGAGUACGGUGCACAAUUCAGUAUCGACGAUCAGCUUCGAGCACCCCCUGAAAUUGGAGCAUAACUGAAGCUCAACCAAUGGUGAUCUGUAAUGUGAAUGGUUCCCUCAAUGUGGAGUUUGACAUUACUGCUCUCCACCACGCUACAGAGAAGAGCUUUCCAAAUACACAAAGGAGCUAAUUCAAGCCACAGCUGUGGGAAAACGACAAAAGAGGUCUUAUAAUGUGUCAGGUUUUUUUGAUAUAAAACGAAGAUUCAAAGGAAGCAAAGCGCGAAUUCCCCAAGAGUGUCAGCAGGUUAAAGGAUUUCCAUAGGCAGAGCUGGUUUUUAAAAUGCUGAUCUGACAAUCGUAAACUUUUGUGGGCAUGUUCACGGAAAUAUUGGGGACAAGUCAGGUGGUCUGCAAUGUAAACCAGGAACAGUUGUGUAAACACCAAAACGACAGGAAAUAACUGCAGUGCUGGAGGGACUAAAGCGGAGCAUUAUUCCAAGAGAACGGAAGUACUAUCUGGACAUGCUGAACUUACGUUCCAAGAUUUUCCUUCUGCAAGCGCGAGAUUUCCCAGAAUGCACUAGAUGCGGAAAUCAAUACAAACAACAAAACAAUUCACAGCCUGUAGUUCUGAUCUGAAAUUAAGCAACAACCCUUUUUCUGGAAGAAAGCCGUUCCAAGGAAACUGAGACAAGGUUUUAAAGAACUGAGUGCCCCACUGAUCAAAAAUGUCCGUAAAAGUGAUCAGCAAGAUCUGGAGUUUCUUUGUGUGGGCUGGCAUGGGAUUAUUUCUAGGACUAAUGGCACAAACAGUCGCUGUGGAAACAUGUCCCUCAGUCUGCCGGUGUGAUGCAGGUUUUGUGUACUGCAACGACAGAGGCCUGACAUCCAUUCCGACUGGAAUUCCACAAGAUUCCACAACCCUCUUCUUGCAGAACAAUCGGAUCAACAAUGCUGGGAUUCCGAGGGAGCUCCUGAACCUGCUGAAGGUGGAAACCAUUUACCUCUACAGCAACUGUCUGGAUGAGUUUCCCACCAAUGUACCAAAAUACAUUAGAGAACUCCACCUGCAGGAAAACAAUAUACGGACAAUAUCCUUGGAUUCACUUUCCAAAAUACCCUACCUGGAAAGGCUGCAUUUGGAUGAUAAUUCGGUCUCUGCUGUUAGUAUUGAAGAAGGGGCUUUUCAAGAGAAUAAGUAUCUCAAAUUAAUCUUUUUGUCCAGGAAUCACUUGAGCAGUAUACCCGUAGGACUUCCCAGCACAAUUGAAGAGCUGAGGCUGGAUGACAACCGAAUUGCCACCAUUUCAGAGAGUGCCCUCAGACAUCUCACCAGCCUGAAGCGUUUGGUAUUAGACGGGAACUUGCUAACCAAUCAAGGGCUUCGAGAUAAGGUUUUCAUGAACCUUGAGAAUCUUACAGAGUUAUCGCUUGUGCGCAACAUACUUACUUCACCUCCCACUCUUCCCACUACAAGCUUGCAGAAGCUGCACCUCCAGGAAAAUCAUAUCAAUCAUAUCCCCUCCAAUGCCUUUUCCUAUCUCAGACAAUUACAGCGGCUGGACUUGUCAAAUAAUAACUUAACCAACUUGCCUCAGGGAAUCUUUGAUAAUCUGAACAACCUGUCCCAACUGCUUCUCCGCAACAACCCCUGGUAUUGCGGCUGUAAAAUGAAGUGGGUUCGAGACUGGCUGCAUUUACUUCCAAUUGGGGUCAAUGUGCGUGGACUAAUGUGCCAAUUGCCUGAAAAGGUUAGAGGUAUGGCCAUUAAGGACCUGGCAGUCGCAAUGUUUGGUUGCAAAAACAUCACUUUGGAAAAUACCUUCCCCACCACGUCGCCCACCACUGUAACUUCAGCUAGGAUCUCCGCCACCCAUGGACACUGGCCUUCGUUCGAGUCGAAACGGCCAGACUGGAAAAAACCGGACCAUAGCAAAAACUAUCGGCCCACAGCAGUUCCAGGGAGCAGAGCUGUUCGAAUCAAUGUGAAAUCUGUGAGCGUAGAUACAAUUCACAUUACCUGGAAGAUUUCCCUGCCUAUGACAGCAUUAAGACUCAGCUGGCUCAAGUUAGGACAUAAUCCUGCGUUGGGAUCCAUUACAGAAACCAUAGUGCACAGUGGGAAAAGUGAAUACUUGCUCACGGCCCUUGAGCCAGAGUCAUCCUAUCGAAUAUGUAUGGUUCCCAUGGAAACCAGCAAUGUUUAUCUGUUAGAUGAGACCCCAGUCUGCACAGAAACACAGACCGCAUCUCUGAAGAUGCACAAUCCUACCACCACCCUGAACAGGGAGCAGGAGAAGGAACUCUACAGGAAUACAAGUCUGCCUUUGGCAGGCAUCAUAGGGGGUGCAGUGGCCGUAAUAGCAAUUGCUUUACUUGCACUGGUUUGCUGUUACAUGCAUAGAACUGGAACACCUUUCUCCAAGACCUGUGCAUAUAGCAGAGGGCGGCGAAGGAAGGAUGAUGAUUAUGCAGAGGCUGGCACUAAGAAGGACAACUCAAUAUUAGAAAUUCGGGAGACUGCUUUUCAAAUGAUUCCAAUGAACAGUGAUCAAGCAGCAAAGGAAGAAUUUGUAAUACACACUAUAUUUCCACCUAAUGGGAUGAGUUUGUACAAAAACAAUCACAGCGAAAGCAGCAGUAGUAACAGAAGUUACAGAGACAGUGGAAUACCAGAUUCAGACCAUUCACACUCAUGAUAAUUACAGGGACUACUAACUGAAAGUGACUGUGGAAGUGGCUGUACUACUUGGAAACACUGGAUUUGGGAAUACUGGAGGAAACAGGACUGUACAUUUGCCAUAUAAUUUAUAUUUAAUGACCUUUAUAUCAAAAGCUGCAGAAUCCAGGUGAAUAUUGCCAAUUGUGCAGUAUGGAUGCCUGAUCACUGAUUGCAAUUCUAUAUUUUAGUAACUUCUAGUAAUUUGUAUUUUUUCUUUGGUAAUCUUAAAAAGAUUUAAAAGAAUUUAAAAUUUCCAUGUUCUAUUGACGGAAGAUUGCUUGUCAACUGUGAAAGUGGGUUUUCUUACAAGCAUUGAACAUUCAGAGACUUUUUUUUUUAGCCUAUUUGAGAACCUUGUAGUUUAAGCACAGGCCUUUUUCCUACUGAGGGUAGGUGUCCUACAGCUGAAUAGUACACUUGGUGAAGACAAUUUCAAUUCAGGAUUGAAGAGGAAAUUAUGUAUGUUGUUCAUGCCUGAGUAUGUUGCACAGAAGUAACUGUAAUACCUGAAAUAUGAAAGUGGUUGUAACACAUCAUUCCAGCUUACAGUCUGCAUUACCUGCGAUUAACUUUAGACUUUGAGCCACAGAUUUCUUCGUUGCCACAAAAAAAAGGUACUUUUUAAAAAUUUAAACCAAAGUGCAUUGUUAGCCCUUUGGCCAGUCUUGUAUGUGCCUUGACCGAAUGUUAAUUGUAUUCAGCGUUUUAAAAUUCGGUAAUUUUUUUUCUCUCGCCAUACUUGUCAAUGAGAAAACGUGGUCUUUCUGCAGAAUAAAAUGGAACAAAAUCA